AUGGCACCUCCAGCACGGUCGAGGCCGAUCAAAAAGAACGAGCUGAAAGACCUGUUCGUGUCCAAGGCAAACCCACCGGUCCUCUUCUCCGAAUCGCUCCGGCCUAGUACUCUGGCACCCAAUGUUCGGAGCAUAUCAUGGUCGCCCACCGGUUCGAUGGUCGCCGCCUCGGUCUCAUCCAACAUACGAGUGUGGAACGCCGAGCGACCCGACGUGAAGAACAGCACGGAGCUGCGAGACACGUCUUCAAAGCCAGGCAGCCACGCUAGCAACGUGGAGAAGAUUGUCUUCUCGCCCAAGCAUGAAGGCCUGCUGGCAAGCACUGGCGUAGACGGAAUGCUCAAGCUGUGGGACGUUCGGCUUCCAGGCGGUGCCGCGUCUUUGGGAACUGGCGUUGCGGCGCAUGCAAAAGGUGGAUUGACUACGAAAGCGGGCGAGCACAAAGUGGACAACCAGGGGCUGUUUCUGACGUGGCAUCCCAAUGCCACCGAGCUCCUUGUUGGUCGCAAGGACGAUGUCAUCACGUCUGUGGACGUUCGUCGGACAGACAAUGUACUAUUUGGUGCCUCCACCGCCGGAUCCACUGCGACAAAUAGCUACGAGCUGACUGCCACGGAUCGGACCCCAACGAAAGAUGGGAAAGUCAGCUACAACCAGAUGGCAUUUUCAAACGAUGCAAGUACCCUCUUCUCCGCCGAGACCAAUGGAGGCAUCCGCAUAUACGACUAUCCCUCCAUGAAGAAGCUCCACUUACUGUCCGGCCACACUGCAUCAGUCAAUGCUGUCACCUACUCCCCAGCCGGCACAUAUCUCGCCACAGGAGGGUCUGAUGGUAUCAUUAACCUCUUCAACACAAGUACCUGGCUGUGCGACCAUGCUCUCAUGGACCACACGAACGCCGUACGAGACCUGAGCUUCAGCUUCGAUGGCAAUUACCUCGUUGUGGGUAGCGGGACGGCUGACAGCAAGGACGGCGAUAAAGGCAUCAAUAUCUACCACGUUGAUACCGGCGACGUCGUGCACAAAGUCGAGACGACCAACGUGGUCACAUAUGUUGCUUGGCACCCCCAUCGCUAUGCGGUUGCUUACGGAGGAGAUCCCGGUGGUCUCAAGAUAGUUGGAGGGUUGAGUGAUUCAGUCAUUCCAGCAAGGUAG